AUGCGACUAUUUGAAGGUUUACAAGAGUACGAACGCUUGAGCCCAUGGCCUGAGAGGAGUCCCAUUCUCAUUCAGCUAAAGCAUGGCAUCGACUUGAGGCUUGACGUCCCCAACUUUGGCGUUUCAACAACCAGUGAUGGCGAUGAUGAGUCUAGUUCGUCUUUGACUCGUGUGGUCCUUGCACACUCAGCCUUCAAGGCCGCCAUGGACCGGGGAGUGGCACCCAACGAUGGCUUCUUCAAGAGGUGCGCUGCCGAGGUCAAAGCCAUCAGUCUCUUCUUUCCAGACAUCAAGGCCGACGGACUCCGAAUUGCCUUCACAGCAUGGCUGGCGUUUGCUUGCGCAAUGGAUGACAUUUUGGAGACUUUGGAGAUGGGCGAUCGGGAGCCUGUUUUGUGUGAGACCAUUGAGGUGCUGACACAGGCCAUCGCUAGCACUCCGCCGAGAAUCCGAUCAUUCGCACAAGAGGCCAAGGACAAGCGAAUCCAAGCACUGGGAAGCGAGCUGUUUAGUCACUGCUCUCGCUACCUUUCAUCAGACAGCACACAAGCCUUUGUCAAAGCCGUGUGCGAGGUGUUGAAAGCCCAUAUCACAGAGGUUCACUUUCUUCAGGGUCGAUAUGGUGACAGUUUCCCAGAGUACCUUAGCAUCCGCAGUCGGACCAUCUCCCUGAACCCAUUCUUCGAGGUUAUCAAGACGGAGUAUUUGGUGCCGGCUGACUGGAAGCUCAACGACUCCUUCUUGAAGCUGCAAAACGAGGUUUCGAGAGUCGCUGGCCUGCAAAACGACCUCAUCGGACUGAUGCGAGACAUUGAUGAUGGCGAAGAACUCAACGCGGUCAUGAUCUUGAUGCGUGGCUUUCGAGGCCACAGCAAAGACCACAUCGACUACGGAAUUCUGGCCAGGUGUGUCGCCUUGGUCAAUGCCGAGCACAACCAGAGCUCUGCCCGGUGCUUCGAUUACAUGAGACAACUCCACCGAGAAGCUGAGGCCCUGGAAGGCUCCGAGAUCAAGAGGGUGGAAGCGGUUGCCCGGCACAUGAUCAUGAUGUGCGAGACACAUUUGAGAUGGUGCUCCUCCGCAAAGCGGUACAGGCUCGAGAUUGGUGUUAAUGGGGUCAUUCCAACUCCUUGUGGAUCGGACUCCAGUGCCUUGUCAUCGCCAACUCUGGAGCAACCGACCAUGAUUCGACCGUCCCAGCUUCAGCCGAUUCCGGAUGCGGUUAUGCCUGCACAGGAACUCGUUGUUCAUUCUGACGGCAUCUUUCACGGACUUCCAUCCUUCCCAGCCAGCCCGGACUGCCGCGGCUUGACGGCCCUCGUCACGGGGGCCACCGGGUUGUCCGGUUACAACAUGGUGAAAGUGCUCGCCGCAUCACCGCAACGCUGGAGCAAGAUCUACUGCCUCAGCUCUCGACCACCCCCGAGAAACUUCUUCCAAGACCUCGGUGAAGGUGCUAGCCGCGUCGAGCACUUGGCCAUUGACUUUCUGGACGACUCGUCGGAAAUCGCUCGACGGCUGAGGGAUGCGGUUCAGCAUGUGGACCACGUUUUCUACUUUUCCUACAAGCAGCCUGCGCCCAAGGGCGAUGUCUUGGAUUUGUGGGCCAACGCUGACGAGCUGGCGACUGCCAAUGUGGCGCUCUUCAACAACUUCGUCUUUGCCUUGCAACAGACUUCCCUCAAGCCGCGCCGAUUCAUGCUGCAGACCGGCUCCAAACAUUACGCCUUCUAUCUCGGCCCUGCAUCGCUCCCAGCCUUUGAGUCGGACCCGCGUGUCCUCCUGGACCGCAACUUCUACUACGAGCAGGAAGACACACUCGCGGCGUACUGCGAGUCCGUAGGCGCGGCAUGGAAUAUCGCACGCCCCUCGUACAUUGUUGGCGCCGUCCGUGACGGCACGCUCAACCACCUCAUUGGGUUCGGCAUCUACGCAGCGGUGCAAGCGCGCCUCGGUCAGCCCAUCGCUUUUCCGGGUGACUACCGAGCUUGGGACCGAGAGCAGGUCCAGAGCACCGGCAUGUUGAACGCCUACUUUGAAGAGUGGCUUGUUCUCACUGGGAAGACCGCCAAUGAGGCGUUUAACAUUCACGACGGCCUCUCCUUCACCUGGGGCCGGCUCUGGCCUUAUUUGGCGCAGUGGUAUGGGGCGGACUGGACUCCGCCUGAGGUCGACGCGGACCAGUAUCGGGUUAUGAACCUGCCCUCCCCAAAGACUCCACGCGGUUACGGCCCGCAAACCACCCUGCGCUCCACAUUCAGCCUCCUGGAAUGGUCCCUCCAGCCACAUGUUGAAGCGGCUUGGAGGGAGUUGGCUAGCCAGCACGACCUUGUCCUGAACCCCUUUGACGACCAUUACCGCGCUCGCAUCUUUUCCUUUUCCGACUCGGCCGUCAUCGGCGACGCUCCCAUGACCACGAGCGUGCGCAAGGCCCGGGAGAUGGGCUUUUUUGGCACGGUCGACUCGUACCAUUCUAUUUUUAACUCGUUCUGUGAUCUGGCAAAGUUGAAGCUCAUCCCAGCUCCAGCUGUGGACGAUUUUGUGGCUUGA